GGCGGGAGCUGCGCUGGCCAGGGGUUCCGGCUGUAUUUCUAAGAGCGCUGCCGGCAGCCGCGGAGCUGCGGGGACCGGAAUCCGGGCAAGCUGGACCGCUGGAGUCAACGAGCGCAGCUUUUAGGUUAAUUUGAAUACAAGAUCAGAGCGGAUUGGCCCAACUGUACAACUCUUGGAGGAAAAUCCACAUUCUCCGCGAGAGGAAUAACAACAUAGAUCAAGAUGAAUGCCAUGCUGGAGACCCCCGAGCUCCCCGCCGUGUUUGACGGGGUGAAGCUAGCUGCCGUAGCUGCUGUUCUUUACGUCGUCGUGCGGUGCUUGAACCUGAAGAGCCCCACUGCCCCUCCUGACCUCUACUUCCAGGACUCGGGGCUGUCACGCUUCCUGCUCAAAUCCUGCCCCCUUCUGACCAAAGAAUACAUCCCACCACUGAUCUGGGGGAAAAGUGGACAUAUCCAGACAGCCUUGUAUGGGAAGAUGGGAAGGGUGAGGUCACCGCACCCUUACGGGCACCGCAAGUUCAUCACCAUGUCUGAUGGGGCCACUUCCACGUUCGAUCUCUUCGAGCCCUUGGCUGAGCACUGUGUUGGAGACGACAUCACCAUGGUCAUCUGUCCUGGAAUUGCCAAUCACAGCGAGAAGCAGUAUAUCCGAACCUUCGUGGACUAUGCCCAGAAAAAUGGCUACCGGUGCGCGGUGCUGAACCACCUGGGAGCCCUGCCCAACAUUGAACUGACCUCCCCACGCAUGUUCACCUAUGGCUGUACGUGGGAAUUUGGAGCCAUGGUGAACUACAUCAAGAAGACAUAUCCCCAGACCCAGCUGGUCGUCGUGGGCUUCAGCCUGGGCGGCAACAUCGUGUGCAAAUACCUGGGGGAGACGCAAGCAAACCAGGAAAAAGUCCUGUGCUGUGUCAGUGUGUGCCAGGGGUACAGCGCACUGAGGGCCCAGGAGACCUUCAUGCAGUGGGACCAGUGCCGCCGAUUCUACAAUUUCCUCAUGGCCGACAACAUGAAGAAGAUCAUCCUGUCUCACAGACAAGCUCUCUUUGGAGACCAUGUGAAGAAGCCCCAGAGCCUGGAGGACACGGACUUGAGCCGGCUCUACACAGCAACAUCCCUGAUGCAGAUUGACGACAACGUGAUGAGAAAGUUCCAUGGCUAUAACUCCCUGAAGGAAUAUUAUGAGGAAGAGAGCUGCAUGAGAUACCUGCACAGGAUAUACGUGCCUCUUAUGCUGGUUAAUGCAGCUGACGACCCCUUGGUGCACGAAAGCCUUCUUACCAUUCCAAAGUCUCUCUCAGAGAAACGGGAGAAUGUCAUGUUUGUGCUGCCUCUGCACGGGGGGCACCUGGGCUUCUUCGAGGGCUCCGUGCUGUUCCCUGAGCCACUGACAUGGAUGGAUAAGCUGGUGGUGGAGUAUGCCAAUGCCAUUUGCCAAUGGGAAAGGAAUAAGUCCCAGUGCUCAGACACGGAGCAGAUGGACGCCGAAUUAGAGUGAGGCCUCCGGACUCUGGCGUGCUCCAGCAGCCCUCCUCUGGAACCACGGCAGUUUCAGGUCGCCCAUCUCCCUCAGUGACCUGGAUCUAACCUCAGCCCAUCAGUGGGGGCCACCCAUCAUGCAAUCUGUCUCAAGUGGGCAGCUCUCCCCUGGGAGCUCCAGGCUAUUUUUAUGCUUAGUUACGGGUUUUCUCCAUUGCAUUGUUAGCCAUGGUGACAAACUACAAGAUUCUCACCCUUCUGUCCAGUUUCAGUAGCUGAUUGCUUUCACGCCAGUUACAUCUAGUUUUCCUGCUAAGGAACGCAUCCGAACUGCAAUUUUGCUUUGCCAAUCGAAAGGCCUUUCCUUGAGAACCGUGAAGGAUGGAUGUCACUUUGUGAUAGUUGUAUGUGCCCGCGUAGAGUCCCCAACAAGAAGUCAGCAUCUCUGACCAAUGCUGAAGAAAUGACUCAGCUUUGGGGGUCUGAGAGCCUGAGGCCACCUGGGCCUGAGUUUUGCCUCUGAAACAGAGGAAGUUCCCUGAGUCUAAAGCCAGUUCCUUCUCGCCAUCUCCUAAGACACCUUCUUCCCAGUUGCUGCUGCUGAGAGUUGCAUGGGGCACUUGUCUAAAAAUUCAGCCUCCCAGAUCCCUCCCCUCAGAGAGGCUGACUCGGUGGGUUUGGGAAGGGGUCUGGGGAUUUUAAUUUUUGACAAGUGCCCCAGGGAAUUCUCAUCACCCAGCAAACUGAGGGGAACACCAUACUGCAGCGCUUUUAAAUUAGAAAUGUCUUGGUGGCUCAUUUAAUUGACACUCAUAAGCCACAGCGUCUCUUUGCUCCCAGAGACCUCCAAAGCAGCACGGCCUGAUGUAUGGCUGCCUUUGUAUGAUCUCAGUGUGGUGUCCCUAAAAGGAAGAAGACGUUGGGGCUGAGCUCUGCUUCUCCCCGGAUGUGCGACCCUGGAUAAGUCGUUUUGGACUUGACUCUCUUCUCCUGUUAAACAGGGGACUUAGACCAGGCAGAUUGCCGAGAUGGCCACCAGUUCUAAAGUUCAGUGAUAAACUCGGUAUACUGAGUUUUGAGAGAACAUCCCUCUGGGGGAGCCUGGGAAUCCAUCUCCCAGGCUGAGCAUGUAAAUGCCAGGGCUUGCAAUUUUUCCCCUUCCCCUUCAUAUAAAGAGAUUUUAGAGUCUUAAUCACUCACUUGUAAUUUUCGUCCCAGGGCCCUCUAACUCUGGGUUUUGAUACCAAACAAUUCAAAAGUUGGAUCUGAGUUUGAAGAAAUGUAUCUCCAGCGGAGAGGAGAGAGUGUUCCUUUGAA